AUGGCGGCUUCCUCGACAUUUUCUUACGCGCAAGCGGCGAAGGGACAGAGCGCGUCCGGCUCUACGGCUUUACCAAACGUUGCGUCCCAACCUCAAAGUACUGCGCCUCCCACUACGUCCGAUGACUCUGCCGAGCCUUCGGGCGUUUCCCGCCCCCUCGUGGCGGCUGAGAAGCAAGAUGUUGACAGUAAUAUUGGUUCCGAGAGCGAUCUGCGCUCCGAGACGACUAACGACCGACGCUCUGAGUUGAGACGAGAUGACGAUUCCGGGAGACUGGACCGGCCCUGGAGGAGGACAGACAAGGGCACGAGAUCCUCGAGCACAGCUACAGGGUCUGUCGACGAGCACGAGUCAAGGAAACCUCGCAAGGCUAAGAAGUCCAAGGCCUCCCCAGAUAAACAAGAGAAUGAUCAGCUAUCAGCAGCCGACAAGGAUAAAGAGGCGGCACCGCAGACUGAAAAGGUCGAGUUAUCUGAGGCACCCAUUCCUUCGGUCAAUAUCUGGGUCCAGCGAAAGGAGCAGCACUCCAAAGCCAAGCCAACCCCCUCCGAGGCCACGCUCAAUGGUGCUUCUAGCCAUAAUGGCGAGGUAAAAAGGCCCGCCAGGGACCCCGUUUCUACAAAUACCGCAAAAGAAAAUUCACCUGUCAAUGGCGCCAAGUCAAAUCGUAAGAAUGGCGACGCUACUCGUUCCGACCGAAAUGGUAGCCGGGGGUCCCGGUUAGCCGAAACCACCAAGACUGAGCUGCCUCCGCCUGUGGAAGAUGCUGCUUCCUGGCCUACGCCCGAGACUGCGAUCAAGGAGGAGCAGAGGAGGCCUGCUGCCGCCAAGCCUGUUCCUCUACAAGAAAAGGAACCUCAAGAAGAUCCAUCCCAUACCAAGCGAAACAAGGAAAAGUGGGUUGCUUAUGAUUACGUACCGACGGUCAACUUCGAGACCCAGCUGCCGCAGAUGCGCGGCUCCAAGCCUCGUGGCGGUGCCCGCAGCGCCAACAAUGGCCGAACUGCCCCUAAUGGUGCCCAUUCCGGCGACAAGGCCUCUGCCUAUGCCGCUCCGAGCAAGCCCGCCGAGUCCAAGGACCGGGCCAAGGACAAUACUGCCGGUACCACCAAGAGUGCACUGGUUCCUCCGGCCCCCAAGCGACCUUCAGUAGACGUCGGCACUGCUGCUAAGGAGCAGAAGAAGACGACUGCCCAAUCAGGUAACGACAAGGCAAAGGACGGCACCGCAACACUGUCAUCUAACACUAGUAACAACCGCUCUGAAGGCAGAGCUGAAAGAGGGCGGGGAGGCUAUCGCGGUCGGGGUGCCCAUCACGCCGUCAAUUCUCACUCGCAACACCAACACACCGGUGCCAACAACUUUUCGAACAACGGAUCAGUGCCCGGAAGACCCCAGGGUCCUUACAGCCCUCCACUACGACAGGGUCCCCAUGGCCAAGGCUACAUGCCUCCUCCUCAGCGAGGUGGAAGAGGCCGCAAUGGGGCUGGUAAUAACUUCCACCGCAUGUCUCUUCCCAACGGUACUCCCCGUAUCACUCCCAUUCAGACUCAAUUUGGCGCUUAUGAGUAUCCCAUGCCGCUGUCCGCCUUGCCGUAUCAACAGCCUCCCAUGUGGGACAGCAUGAUGAUGGCUGUGCUGAAGAAUCAGAUCGAGUACUAUUUUUCGAUUGAAAACUUGUGCAAGGACAUGUAUUUGCGAAAGCGCAUGGACUCGCAAGGCUUUGUUAAUCUGCCUUUCAUUGCCGCCUUCAAGCGUAUUCGGGAACUUACCUCGGAUGUGGCAUUAAUUCGAGCCGUAUGCGAAACAUCUUCGGACCUCGACUUUGUGGUUGGCGAUGAUGAUAUCGAGCGCCUGCGCCGUCGUCACGGCUGGCAGAACUUCAUCCUGCCGUUGGAAGACCGUGACGAGUUCGCCCGCAACCCAGGCCCGGCACAGGUAACCUUCAAGAACCGCCCGUACACCUACAUCCCGCAAUAUAACGGUGCUAUGCCCAUGACUUUCGGAAUGGCUCCCUCGAUGGGCUUCCCCGCGCAGGGUGAUGCUACAUUCCAACAAUUUGCAGAAGGCGCACCUUCUGGUCAGUCUGUCAAUGGACUUGCCAACGGCAACGGCCACUCCCAUGGUACCAGCACCCAGUUGUCAGCCAAUGUUCCAGACUUUUCUCCUUCAGGGUUGGCAAUGCGAACCUCUGAUACCCUGGGCCACGCCCCGGAAGCAGCCAGCGGUCUGACUAAUGGAAUCCAUGCCGAGUAA